AAACAAAGUUCGUCGUGUGUUUCUCAUGCGCAGCAAUAUUUCAGCGGAAUUAUUUCCUUUUCUGACACGCCUGUAAUUCAUUCAGACAUGAACGGCCAAGCCGAAUUAGAUGUGGAUUACAAGCGGAAAUACAAAAACCUAAAGCGUAAAUUAAAAUUUUUGGUGUAUGAGCAAGAAUGUUUUCAAGAGGAGCUCAGAAGAGCACAGAGGAAACUCCUGAAGGUCUCCAGAGAUAAAAGUUUCCUGUUGGACAGAUUGUUGCAGUAUGAGCGGGUGGAUGAGGACUCGUCUGACUCGGAUGCCACAGCCUCCUCAGACAGCGAGGGAGAUGCUCCAAGAGAAAGGGAACGGGAACCGGGAAAGAAGAGGAGAAGUCCUGGAGGUCCGUCCCUCGCUUCAUCCUCAUCCCCCCAGCUUUCUCUCCUGUCUCGCCCCGGAGCGAACGCUCUCCAGGCUUCAGCACCCACUCAGUAUCUCAACACGUUACCCUUCCCUCCUGACUAUUUGGCUCCCUCUGCUGAGCGAAUGAGGAAAGAGAGAAAACCAAAACCAGCAAAACAGAGAAAAGAGUCUGCAGGAAAGGUGGUAUCUUCAUUAGCUUCUAACUACCCAGCAGGCAGUGCACCGGGUGCGGGUUCAUCCGGGCCGUUCAGCUGGGUCCCGCGGCAGAUGCUGAGCGGAGACACUGCAGAGGAGGAAGGAGAGAGCGAGGGAGAAAGCGAUGGAGGAGAAGAGGAGAGAGGAGAAGGAGAGGAAGCAGAACUGGUCAUUGACCUUCCUAAUGAGUGAACGUGAAAUGGACAAAGACUCUAGUGUUUAUUUAGCAUCAGUAAAGGGAAACUGCAAAGAGUUAUCCAGAUGUGUUUUUGCUCUAAUUAUGCGACAGUUGUCUUGUCUCUUCUCCACCAUUUUUACAUUUUAAUAGCAACUAUCUGACAAAGCAUCAGCGCAGAGGCCUUUUCUGGUUAAAAAUUAUUAUUAGGACCAGGGAGGAAAAUCUGCUGUAAAAUACAGCGGUCCUCCUUGACAGACUUUUUGAAAGGAAUUCGCAGUUAGAGCCUCGGGUUUCAGAUUGGAGGGAAAUUUCGGAUGCAUACAGCAGAUACGCCAGCUCAGAUACAACCCACACUGUCAUGCCUGAAAAUAGUGCAACUAAAGACCUGCCUCUAGAGUUCCACUACUGACAGAGUAUCAUAAAAGUGUAGCUGUUUUUUUUUUUACCUUAAACCGAAUUGUAGCCAGGUAGCUCGUGAUAUUCAGCCUCACAGACACACGGCCGCUGGAGAUGUUUUGGCAGAGACACAUCUGUACAGUAUGUAUCAGGUAAAUUGUGUAUAUCAGAAUUAUUGUAAGGCUAAAAAGAGUUUGCUGACUUGUAAUUCUGCAUUUAUGUAAGAAAGCUUACAGAAUCCGAGUCUCUUAUUACUCCGCAAGGACAUUAGAUGCUUUUUAAAGUGCUCAAAUACAGUCAGGUCCAUAUGUUGUAUGAACAGUGACACAAUUUAUCAUUUUUCCUCUGUACACGACAAUGGAUUUCACAUGAAGCAGUCAAGAUGUGAUUGAAAUGUAAACUUUCAGCUUUAAUUCAAGGGGUUUAUCAAAAACAUAACAAACCGUUUGGUAAUUACAGACACUUGUUUAUUUAUUUAAUUUAUUUUUUUACGCCGUCCCUGCAGUUUUCACAGACUCGAAGGCGAUUUGGAUAAUUAUGGCCCCUUUCCUCAUUCUUUCAUUAAAAGUUCAGGAGAUCAAAGGA